GGAGCAAUCAGGCAACAGUCUAGUGCUGUCACCAACUCCGCUCCACCCAGCUCAUAAAUACAGCACAUCGCGUUGCCUUUGCCAUUGCCAGGUCGAUCGGGAAGCUACAUACAUAUAGUACAACCACACUGGGCGAUCUAGCUAGCUUCUAGCAACCAAAGCACUACUAGCUAGCACCACCUGCCACACCGACCGGCCGGCGGCGAGAGAUCCCAUCGUCCCAUCCAUGGCGCCCAGCGGCGACACCAUCGCGCAGGUCCACACCGGCCUCGACAGCAGCAACAAGACGCUGCUCAAGAGCGAGGCCCUCUACAAGUACGUCCUGGACACGUCGGUGCUGCCACACGAGCCCGACUGCAUGCGUGAGCUCCGCCUCGUCACCGACAAGCACCAGUGGGGGUUCAUGCAGUCGUCCCCCGACGAGGCGCAGCUCCUCCGGAUGCUGCUCAAGCUCACCGGCGCACGCAACACGCUCGAGGUCGGCGUGUUCACGGGCUACUCCCUUCUCGCCACGGCGCUCGCCCUCCCCGACGACGGCAAGGUGGUGGCGUUCGACGUGAGCAGGGAGUACUACGACAUCGGCCGCCCUUUCAUCGAGAGCGCCGGCGUCGCGCACAAGGUCGACUUCCGGGAAGGCCCGGCGCUGGACGGCCUGGACGCGCUGCUCGCCGACGAGGCCAACCACGGCGCGUUCGACUUCGCGUUCGUCGACGCCGACAAGCCCAACUACGUGCGGUACCACGAGCAGCUGCUCCGUCUGGUGAGGGUGGGCGGGAGCAUCGUGUAUGACAACACGCUGUGGGCCGGGACCGUGGCGUUGCCGCCGGAGACGCCCAUGAAUGACCUGGACCGGAGGUUCUCGGCGGCGAUCAAGGACCUCAAUGUCAGGCUGUCUAAGGAUGAGCGCGUCGAGGUCUGCCAGCUCGCCAUCGCCGACGGCAUCACCAUCUGCCGCCGCCUCGUCUGAUGAACGACUCUGACUCUGAUCCGUUGGUCGGUCGUCGGUCCAUCCGAUCAUGUCGCGGUCGGUUCUCCGGGUUCCGGCCGGCCGGAUGGAGGAUCGUCGUCGGAACUCAUCACUCAGAUCCCAUCCGGCCUUUUUUUUUUUUUGGUUUGCUGCUGCAUACUGUACUACUGCAUGCUGUUUGUUCGAGCGUCGUCGUCUCGGCGCUCUCAAUAAGAUUUUCUGUUCUUGUUUUUUUUUUUUCCUUUCCUUUCGUUUUCUUUUUCUUUGCAAUCCAAGCGAUCGAGUUCGACAGAUCCUGUAUAAGUGUACUGUGCUUGUACGUACUUGUGAAAAUUACUAAUUGACAGUGAGUGUCAUCCGA